CACUCGCGGCCCCUCUGGGCCCCGCGGGGUCCGGGAAGGCCCGCACAGCCUGCGCUCGACUCCAGCUGUCGGAAGGCUUGUCCUGCCCGCUAGAAGGGAUCGCUGUUCCGUAGCGCAUCGUUUGGUUUGUACAGGCGCCUAAAGAUGAACGCCAAGACGGCCAUAGAUCGAAUCAUUGGCAAGGGGGGGCUAAAGUCGGGCAACUCCAGAGCUGACAGCGGGCUCGAGAAGGGUAAGCAGGAGGGCGCUGCCCCGCGGAAAUCCAUGGAGGAGCUGGCGGCAGGCGGAGUGACGGAGCCGGAGAGGAGCGGGCUCCUCCAGAAAAUACUUUCCCUUGAGAAAGAAAAAGAAAAAUACAGUCACCUUCUUGGACAGAAGGACAAAGAAAUCCAAAACCUGAAAGACAAGCUCAGGUCCAAAACCAAGAACAGUGAAGUCUCCUUACUACAAAAUCAGCUAGAGGAAAAAACAAAGGAAGCAGAAAGGAGAGAACAGUUACUUUGUUCUCUAUCAGAAGAAAUGAACCGGUUAAAAUGUAAUUUAUCUGCAGCCAUGGCAAAAUGCUCUGAUCUUGAGAACAAAACCAGUAGUACUUCUCAGGCAGCCCAGGAAGGUGCGACAAACAGCACUGAAGUUGAAAGACAAUUGAAAGAUGCUCUUGAGAAAAACCAGCAGUGGCUACUGUAUGACCAGCAACGGGAAGCAUAUGUCAGGGGAUUGCUUGGAAGGAUCUUUGAACUUGAACAGAAGACAGAAAUAGUUAGCCAGCAAGAACCUAAAUCAAAUUCAGAAGGUCAUCUACAAGGGGAAAAGCAAGAAUACCAUGACCAGCUGUUACUAGCUGCUAGGAGUGAUCAUGAGACUGAAAGAUGCACUAUAACCCAGCUGAGAUUGGAACUUGAUGAACUUAAAAAGACAUAUGAAGAAACACAAGGGGAAAUGAUGAGUUUAAAUGCCUUAUUGCAGUCACAACGGGUUGCUGAAUUGAAGACUCAAGAAAAUGAAAAUAAAAUGAAAGAGGAAGCACAAAGGCUAAAACAAGAAAAUGAAACUAUCAAAGAACAGCUCAGAGAAGAAAAAGAAAAGUCUGAGGAACUUUUAUGUCAGGUGCAACUUCUUCGUAAAUCAUUGCUCAGACAGGAGGCAGAACACACAAGAAUAGCUUUGUUGGAACAACAGUUUUUCACUUUGUUGGGCUGCCAGAUCCAGAUAUGCACCACGGACUUAGAGAAUGGAAAGCUUGAUCGCCAGAACUUGAAGCAUGAGUUAAACCAUGUUCUCAAGGAGUUGCGCAAGGCCAAGGAGAAGAUAACCCGUCUGGAGCCUCUGAAACUCCGAGAAUCUGGACAUACGGAAUCACAAGAAGAUUUGCAAGCUGUAUUUGACAAGAAGCUGACCACAUAUGACAGAAGUCCUCCUCUGAAACAUUCCAGCUGCCUUGAUGAAAGUUUUCUUGAGUGUCCCAGAUGUAAAGUGCCAUAUCCAACGAGCCAGCAUAGAGAAUUACUAGCACACAUUGACUUCUGUACAGCUUGAGCUCCAAAUGGACUUACUGUCUUUGCUUCAUAUAUGCUGCCAAUAUGCUUGGCAAAAGAUCUUUUAAAGCUUAUUUCUCACAGUUGUAUAAAUGACAAAAUGAUAAUUCAGUUCCACAAAAACAGUAUUAACUUUAUAAUUUGGCCUCGGUAUUUUACCUCAUGUUUUUGAAAAACAGCUCCUGCAUUUUCUAGUUGCAAACAGAAAUAUUUUUAGAAUUAGGAAUAUUUUAAAUAGUAAACUACUGGCCUUUUUUUUUUUUUUUUUUUUUUUCUUUUUGCACUAUUAAAUGUAAGAAUAGUAAAAGCACAAUUAUUGUGUCAGACUAUAUUUUAGUUUUGGCAUACCCAGUUCUUGGUUGUUGAGUCCUGAUGAUUGUGCUUGUACCUUAACUGACAAAAAUAGCUACAAAAGAUUUUUGGCCCUCGAAGGUGCACUAUAUAUAUAUAUAUAUAUAUAUUUAUUUAUACAUGGUGUGUGUACAUAUGUGUAGUGUGUAGAGUAUAUACAUACAUCUGUUAUAUAUAUGUGGAAUAGAUCAACAUCUUGAUACAUAAAAACUCAGGAGGGCCAUGUUAGAUCUUUGCUGCUUAAGAUUGAUGGUCAAAACAUCAAUCUGAAGUAGCUGAUCAUCCAGAACCACCAUCGGGCCGACUAAAUUGCUGACCAAGGUUUAAUCUGAAAAAAAACAACUUCCUGGCAAACAUAAACUUCCUUGGUGCCAAAGAAAGUUUAUAUUUCAGACAAUGUCAGAGGCCAUUUUUGAAUUUUGGGUAUAUAAUUACUCUGAAUUAAACUUGUUUUGCUUCUGUAUUUUAGAGGUUAAAUUUGAGAAAUGUCAGUUAUUCAACCUUAGAUUUGGCAAAUGUCCCAAAGUGCAGUUUUUAACAAAUUGCUCUAGUGGAUUUGAAGUGUGACUGUAUUUUGGUAUUAAUACAAAACACAAGUUAAUGUCAAAUUCUGGCAACAAAUUGGAAACUGGCAAAAAAAAAUCCCUGAUGGAUUUGUAAUUGCAAAUUGCAAUCUCUAGCACCUACUGUAAGUUUGAAUGGAUUGUGAGCAUUUUGUUCCUUGCAUAUGUAGUGAAGUCCCAACAAGAAGUUACUUCCAUGGAAAUGAUUCAAAUGUGGAAAUUUUGCAAAGAUACACUAGUUAAGAAUAAAUUUGCACAUUUUAAAAGUUUGUGGUUUGCUGAGGACACACAAAUACCCAAGGUGUAUGUGUCUCUGGCCUGCUGAUUCUGAUUGCUAGCUGGUAUCAGCUUUCUCCAUUUGCUUUAUUGCAAAACUGCGUGCAUUUACCCCAUAAUGUUCACCUUAAUCCCUGAUGUUACAUUUUUAUUCUUAAAUAUGAAGGUCCAAUUUGUUGAAAAUAACUGGUAGUAUCAAGUGAAGUUAUUCUCAAUUAAAUCCAGUGUUCAUGAGACAGAAAAUACUAAAAGAUAUUAUCUUUAUAUCUGAAAUAUCUCUGCCAGAUUUAUUGUAUUAGCCACUCCCUAUCCACUUUGCAAUUUCACUGACGAUGUCUCAGGCUAAUCUUUGUAUUUGACAAUUUGCUCAAUUGCUAGCAACAGUUUUUCUGACCAAAGAUAUGAUAAGCUGAAGAGUAAAACAGAAAUUGUGCUUCAGAAUCUCAAGGUUUUUCCAUGAGAGAAAUUAUCUUAAUUUCAUAUAUUUUUACAAAUCUUUUAGCUCAGGAUAAUAACUAUGCUUUUCAUUGCAGCCUAAUAAUUUUAAUCUCUAAUUAAACUACUUUUGAAAGUCUAAGUUUGUCUUUCAACAACACCUUAAUCAGCUAGUAUUCUAUUCCCAGCUGCAUACUCAGCAUAGUUUCUGCAAAAGGAAAUCCUGAUCUUUUAUGUAUUAUAAAUGAAAUAAGUUUGCCUAGUACAGGUCAGCACUCUUCAGCAGUUCUGAGGCUUUCUUAAAUUAGCAUAAAGCACUUCCACUUUAGAAAUGGGUACUGUAGAGGGAGAUUUGGAAAGUUCAUGAUGUGAUAAAAAGUUUUGUUCAUUCUACCUUUAAUGAACUUUAACAAUGGAUUUAGUCCUACCUGAUAAAUAUUACACCUAGGUACAAAAAAAUCUCUUACUGAUAAAUUAAUACAGGUCAUUAUUGUGGUAUAUGUUGCAAAAUACCAAAAUUACGUUUCAGUGAAGUAAACACUUACUUUGAAAGCAGACCCACAAAUACUGUUGUCAUCACCUACAUGUAAUUAAAACCAGCUAUAAAACUCCAACUUCAUACGGUAUGCAGAUCAUAUCACUGCUUUUUUUCCAUUCCUUAGAAGCUAAGAAAUCUCAGAAUUUUUUUUUCCUGAAAGUUAACAAAGGAGAUCUGCUGCCUCCUCUCUCUAGUUAUAUGUGGAAAAGAGAAGUUUAUGCCUAACAUGCUUCCCUUACUGAUAAGAAUUAAUUAGCUGCAAGUCUAAUUCUUUGUAAGGCAGGAAGCAACAGCAAUGUUUUCAUUACUUCAAGCACUUUGGAUUUACAAUGUCAGGAGCCUUUUUCUCUUAUGUCCCUUUCAAGUAAUUGAAUUUCAGCCUACCAGAAAGACUGUGUUAUUUGAAGUUGUUGAUCCAGGGAAACCUGGGGGCUAAUACAAUAGUUUACCAAUAUUUAGUAGCAUAUUUAUAAAUCCUAGCUUUCAUACUGUUCUUUUUAAACAGCAAAUUAAAUGGAUUUGAUGCCAUGUUGGGUAACUGGAAAGACAGUAAAACUCCACAUUUUUUUUCCAUAAGGAGAGCUGCUUGUGAAAUAAAAACUGAAAGAU